AUGGGAAACAAACAAGUUAUGGUAAAUUUUGAUUCUCCAUUUGUUUUCUUACAAGAUUUAGAGGAUUAAUUAUAGAAUAAAGGAAGUUAAAAUCAUCCAUCUUUAGGAUCUAUCAGAUUGUGGUAAUUUAAAAAAGACCCUUAAUUGUAGUUAUUUUCUUUUGUAUAUACAUAUUUUUAUGUUACAGGUUCUCUCAACUUCAAAAUUGGAUUCCAAAAUGAUAUAAGUUCAUUUAUUUAGAUGUAAGAUAUAACAUCCAAAUUUAUUUAAAUAUUAUGCCUGUCUAAAUGAUUCUAUAAUAGGUGGUGUUGAAAAGUAACAAUAUUUUUUUGAAUAUCAUCCAAAGACAUUGAACUAAUAAACCAUACUUGCUCCAUUAAAGGAAGAAAAUAUCUGGGAUGUAUUAAAUAUUUAUAAAUAUAUGUGAAGAUUGUUGAACAAAUUAUAGAUGUCAUGGAAUAUCUACAAAAAUUAAAUUUAUUUCUCGGGAAUCUAUCAACUGAAGCUAUUUUGAUAGACAAUAAAUAAAAAGUCAAACUUUUAGAUAAUUUAGGCUAAUAGCGCUUAAAUAAGUUUUCAUUUUAAGAAGAUAUAAUUUAAUUAGGAUUAAUAAUUCUUGAAAUGAUGACCCAAAGAAGUAAAUUUUACUAAUUAUUUAUGAUUAGCAAGUUAAUUAAACUUUAGUAAGGCUUUAAAAAAAUUGAUUGGUUAAUAUAGUUUAUAAUUACUUUAAUUCACAAGCAAAUUAUUAUAAACAAAUGCAGAAACAAGAAUAGAUUUUAUUGAAUUAAAAUAAAUAAUCAAAAAUAGAAUUAAAAUUCCAAUUACAAAUAAAUAAGCUCAGAUUAUAUAAACUGAAUAAGAAUACUCAAAAUGCUCUAUUGAACUAAUUGUCGAAUAAUAAGAAAUUGAAAUAAUAAAAUAAAAAUAACUUUAACAGUAAAAUCAAAUAUAGAAAAUCAACACUUUACAAUAAAGCCAAAACAAAUAAAUGUAGAAAAUCAGUUUAUCAUAAAUACCUAAUUAAAUUUUUUUCCCCAAAAAUAAUUCUAAAAAAAAAGAUAAAAUAAAAAACCAAUUAAAUAAGGAAAAGAUCAUAGAUUUAUUUUAAUAAAUUCACAAAAUUGAAGAUUUCUAAGAAUAGAUUUAAGCAUAGAAACAGAAUCUUAAUUCCUCAAUUAAUUCUAGUCGCAGUACAUAAUUAUUAUUUUCACCAAGUCAGAGAAUAUCAACCAGUCCCAAUUCUUCUAUCUAAUCACCUAGUAAUAAAUUUUCUAAGGUAAUUAUUAUUUAUUACAUUAUUAGAAGCAAACACGUUCUUCCAAUAAUAUACAUAAUAUAUGA